AUGGGUCGCUCUCAGGAGCUCAGUGAAUUCAAGCGUGGUACCGUAAUAGGUUGCCACCUGUUCAAUAAGUCCAUCCAUGAAAUUUCCUUGCUACUAAAUAUUCCACGGUCAACUAUUAGUGGUAUUAUAACAAAGGAAGCAAUUGGGAACAACAGCAACUCAGCCAUGAAGUGCACGCAGAAGUCGCCUACUGUCGGCAGAGUCAAAGACCUCCAAACUUUGUUACUAGUGAAGAUAACUGUUAGGGCAUCAACAUACCAAGACAUUUUGAACAAUUUCCUGCUUCCAACUUUGUGGGAACAGUUUGGAGAUAGC